AUGCUUGGGAAUGUGCUAGCACGAAAGCGAGGCCGCAGAAAGAAGAGGAAUUCUCUGACACCUCAGAUUGAACAUUAUGCUUCUCCGUGUAAACAAGAAGCACACCCGUCUGACGAUGUGAAACCAUGCCAAAAUGUCCAAAACCGUCGAAAUAAUUCGAGAAGAGCCGUACAAGAUGUGUCGAACCACAAGAUCACCGAGUUUUUCCCUGUGAGGAGAAGUUCUCGAAAGACUGGGAAACAACUCGAGGUUGGCACAUGCUUUGAAAUGUCCAUUUAA